AUGUAAUCGGAUUACGUUACUGAGUUUGAGGUAAUCCCAAAAUCCCGUUACUGAUUACAAUUUUGGGCAGGUAAUUUGUAACUAACGGAUUACAUUUAGAAAGUAACCUAUCCAACCCUGAUGUCACGGCUGUUAUUUUUGUUGGUCCUUAAAUGAAACUGGUGUACUUUUUAUUUAUCACAAUUUUCUUUAACCAAUUAUGGUAUUUUAAUGCAGGGCCGACAGACAAGUUCCUUACUUUUUUCCCCCUUCCAUUUUUGUGGUAAUUCUGCAAUUAGUUGUUGUAAUUUUGGGUGGAGCUGAACAUUUCUUAUGUUUUUGUUAGUUGCAUGUGUGACAACUCCACCAGUCCUAUUGAUGAAAAUCUAAAAAUAAUACAUUUUUAUCAAUUGGUAUAUUUGAGUUUAACCACAAUAUUUGUUGUAUUAUUUUUUCUGUCUUUUCUGGUGGAUUAAAUUAAAAUUGCAACCAACUUUCUAUGGCUUGUUUUAAAAAUAGCGAUAUUUGGGAUAUGAUUUCUCUUUCAAAUAACGGAAAGAGAGAGGUUGUAAUCUGAAUAAAAGGAAAAGGGUCAUUCUUGAACAUAGGGUGAGCCAUUCUUACAAAUUUUCUAGAGAACCAGUUUGGAUUUAAGUAUAACUUUUGUAUGACUGAAGCCUUUAGUGAGAGGUCUAAUGCCUUAAUAUGUAAUAAUUUCUGCCCUCCGAAUUCAUAUUCAUUAUAUAGAUAGGCCUGUUUAAUUUUGUCUGGCUCGCUGUUCCAAAUAAAAUGGUAACUUUUUUCUCAUAAUUUAAAAACUGUUCGCUAGGUGUAGGCAAGACCAUAGACCAGCAAAUGGGUAAACUGCAAUGUGACUAAAGAAUUAAUCAGGGUGAUUUUUCCACAAAUAGACAUGGUUCCAUGGUUGCAAGAUCUUGUAUCUAUUUUUGCUGACUUUCUAUUCAAAUUCAUUGGAGUGAGAUCAUUUAUUUCGGGAUAUGAAUACGGAGUAUAUCCACUCCACCAUCAGACCAUUUUAUUGGUAAACUACACAGUAAUGUAAAAGUUUACUUUUUUUUGUGAUCCAAUACGUAAAUAGUACAUUUAUCAUAAUUUGGUUGUUAUCUAGAUCCUCUAUGAGGCUGUGGAUUUAAAAGAAAACAUGAAUCAUCAGCGUACAGUGACACCUUUGUUUUAAAACCCUGGAUUAAAUGCAUUUUUACAGGGGCGUCAAACUUAUUCGAUGGAGGGCCUAGUGUCAGCUGGUUUUGUUUAUUUCCUUUCAAUUAAGACCUAGACAACCAGGUGAGGGGCGUUCCAAACUAAUUAGUGACCUUAAGUUCAAUCAAUCAAGUACAAAGGAGGAGCGAAAACCCGCAGACUCUCGGCAAAAUAAGUUUGACAAGUGCAUUUAUAGAUGAUAAAAAGCUACUUUCAGAUCCACUAAUGGUUUGGGUGUUUUGAUAACAAUAUUAGUUUAUAUACCAAAUAUGUAUUAAAUGUAUUGCAGUCAUAUCCACACUGUUCAGUUUUGUUUCUGUUUCCAAUUAACUUGCAAAUGUUUCUUCAAUUGUGGCAAUUUGGGAGUUGUACUAUCACAGUUGCCUUGGACCCGUGAAAGCUAUCAUAAUACUCAGGAACCAAUUAGCCUCUUGAGACAUUGAAAUUAUGUCUCAAAAAAAUAAUUUGCUCAAACCCCACAUAUGCAUGGGGGAAAAGCACACGUUCUUGAAGAAUGACAUACUGACUGACUUGCUACUUACUUACUGCAAGCGGGCUACACCAGUGAGAAAUUGACGUCACUCACAUCUGCCUGACCUGCGUAUUGGAUAGGUAGCUAUCUAGCCUAGCCACUGUGCUUUCAGCAAUUCCUCUUACUAGCUAAGUUAGUAUUAGUAAUAAUAGUCCUUAGCAAAGUAGAUCAUGUUUUAUGUAACGAAGUCGUUUGAAACUCAAUGGUUUUAGAUGCACCGUAGACCAUGUGCAGGUGGGACAAUGUUGGUGAGGUUCCGAAGCCAACACAUCCGGUCUUCAGUGGCCCAUUGGAUUUGUAUCCAGUGAACUAGUAAGACAGUUCACGUCAUGGGAAGGAUCAGCUUAUCAUGCUUCCCAGCCUCCUGGCACUUCAGCCUGUCUCCCCUGGUUCUACCCAGUGUCCCACUACCUUCUUUCAGGCAGCUGCUCUUCUUUGGUCUGCUGGUGGGACUGCUAGGACUGAUUUACCUGUUGCUGGUAACAGGAAAGAUCCAGGACAGCUGGAACAGAAAGGACAACUAUUUCCACAGACACUUGGCGAGGGUCACAGAUGUGGAGGCCACAGACACUAGCAAUCACAACCUAAACUAUGGUCUGGUGGUGGACUGCGGCAGCAGUGGCUCCAGGGUGUUUGUGUACUGUUGGCCCAGGCACAAUGGUAAUCCCCAUGACCUGCUUGACAUCCGACAGAUGAGAGAUCAGCACAGGAAGCCAGUGGUCAUGAAGAUCAAACCAGGUAUCUCGGCACUAGCAAAAACACCAGAGAAGGCCAGUGAUUACAUCCACCCCCUGCUGAGCUUUGCUGCCCGGAACAUUCCUAAACACAAGCACCAGGAGACCCCUCUGUACAUCUUGUGCACAGCUGGAAUGAGGGUGCUGCCUGACAGUCAACAGGAGGCACUUCUUGAGGAUCUACGGACUGACAUCCCUGUCCGUUUCAACUUCCUCUUCUCUGAUUCCCAUGUGGAGGUCAUUUCUGGCAAGCAGGAAGGUGUGUAUGCAUGGAUUGGAAUCAACUUUGUCCUUGGAAAGUUUAAUCAUGUGGAUAGUGAGAGGGAUGCAGUAGUAGAGGUGCAGGUACCAGGUGACCAGCAGGAGGCGCUGGUGAGGACACGGACCACCGGUGUUCUGGACAUGGGUGGCGUCUCCACACAGAUAGCAUACGAAGUGCCCAAAACUGUAAGCUUUGCUUCUCCACAACAGGAGGAAGUGGCCAAAAAUUUGCUUGCAGAGUUCAACUUGGGUUGCGAUGCCCACCGGACAGAGCAUGUCUACCGGGUGUAUGUGUCUACCUUCCUGGGAUUUGGAGGAAAUGCUGCUCGACAAAGAUACGAGGAGAGCAUUGUCAUGAACACUCUCACUAAAAACAAGCUCCUGGGUCAACAUGUAGGUGAGACAGGAGAGUCCCCCCUCCUGGACCCAUGCCUACCCUCAGACCUGCAGGAUGAGGUGGGGCCAGCCACACAGAAACUCCACCUGCUUGGCACGGGGGAUUUUGAUCACUGUAGACAGCUGCUUCAGCCCUUCCUCAACCACACCAAUGAGACUCACUGCUCCCUCAAUGGCAUCUACCAGCCUCCCAUUGACUACCCCAACAGCCAGUUCUAUGGGUUCUCUGAGUUCUACUACUGCACAGAGGAUGUGUUGCGCAUGGGCGGGGAUUUUAACUCCUCAAAGUAUGCCAGUGCUGCCAAGAGUUACUGCGCCACCCAGUGGAGAACUCUGAAAGAGCGAUUUGACUCAGGCUUGUAUGGCUCUCACGCUGAUGUUCACAGACUCAAGUACCAGUGUUUUAAAUCAGCCUGGAUGUAUGAGGUAUUUCACACAGGCUUCUCCUUCCCUAUGGACUACAAAAACCUGAGGACUGCCCUUUUGGUCUAUGAUAAAGAGGUACAAUGGACUCUUGGAGCCAUCCUUUACAGAACCCGUUUUUUGCCUUUGAGGGAUAUUCAGCAGGAGAGUCUGAAAGGAGUCCACUCCCACUGGCGUCACAGCUUCUCCUUUGUCAACAACCACUACUUGUUCUUGGCCUGCUUCCUGGUUGUCCUCCUAUCCAUCCUGCUCUACUUGCUGCGCCUCCGACGUAUCCACAGCUGUACCACGCAACGCUGCACCCCCUCUACUGUUAAGUGGCUAGAGGAGGGUCUCAGAUCCCACCCACUCCCUAUCACCCUUUAGACUUCAUAUCUGUCACUCCAAAAUCAGCCUUUUCUUCCCCAGCUGGAAUCCAUUUGCCUGCACCUUUACGUUAAGGUCUUCAUUUCUUAGCUGGAAAUGACAAAGACUAGAACUUAGUUGGAUUUUGAAUGAGUCCAAUGAACAGAGACGUCAGAUAGCAUUGGGAUGAACUGGUGUGGGAGAUAUUGCAUGUUGAGUUUGCACCAUCCAUGAAAUUCUUUGUUAAUGUAUUUUUUUUAUGAUAUCAAAAUAUCAGCCUUUUUUUCUGUUUCUGGAAAUGUGAACGAGGUACAAAAAGCGUAACUAUCCUUGCCUGAAGUUUGUGAGGUCCCAACCGUACAUGGUCCAGUUAGGCAGGCUUGUUCAAGCUUCCUGUAAGGUUCAAAUGGCAGCUGCCUCACAACUUACCCUAAUUAGUCAUUCCUAAAAUGGCAUAUUGUGAAAGAAUGCCCCUAAACUGCUGUUUUUUCCAAUGAAGGAGCACAUCAUUGAAUGAAUGUGACAAGACAAUAGUAGGUUUAUGAGGACGAUGAUGAAACAGUUACUGUUUUACAGUACAUAUUUAUAGAUUCACUGUUCUUGAGUAGAGUUUCACUUAUCUGUCACAUUAUCCUGAUGCAAUUUAAUUUCAGUGUCUCUGUUUGCAUUUUGGGUGCAUGAUCAGUGAACGUUUAUUGGUUGUGGGGAGGAAUGUUGUGUGCACCUCUGUUCACCCUCAAAGUUUACUGCUCUGCUUGGCACCUGUCAUACUUUGAUUUACAGCUUAUUUUUUACUUAGACUGCUGCGCCACAGAAGAAAACUAAGGUUAUGCAUCUCAGUGCAAGAGGCGUCACAAUAGUACCUGGUUCGAAUUCAGGCUGUAUCAAAUCCGGCUGUGAUUGGGAGUCCCAUAGGGCGGCACACAAUUGGCCCAGCGAUGU